AUGAAUGCUGAUUUCCAGAGCACUCAGUGUAGCAAUGUAGAACGACGCCUAGCUUUGCACUCGAAGGAACACGGAAAUCUGUGCCAAGCAUACGAGACUAUCAUCCAGCACUGUGGUGAAGACUGCAAACGACAGGGCUUGACUAAAACUCCUGAGAGAGCUGCGCAAGCUAUGCUUUUUUUCACGAAAGGCUACGAAGAUAAUUUGCACGAUUUAAUUAACGGAGCAGUAUUCGACGAAAAUCAUGAUGAUAUGGUGAUUGUGAGAGAUAUUCAAAUUUUCUCCUUAUGUGAACAUCAUCUUGUGCCAUUUGUUGGAAAAGUGCAUAUUGGUUACUUACCGAAAAAGAAAGUUUUGGGUCUUAGUAAAAUUGUUCGGAUAGUUGAGAUGUUCAGUCGACGUUUACAGGGUCAUAAUUUGAUCAAAAUUUUGUUUAAUUUGAAGGAGUUGAUUCAUUUCUACAUAAUUACCACUGAUAAGUGA